ACUGCCAGUCAGAAUGGGGAGGGCACUUCCGGUCCUCCAUGGGGUUUGGUCACAGCUUCUGAGGUAGAUUCCCGUGUUCCCCUAAUCCGCUGCCUGGAGUCUGGAGGAGAACGGGUCAGCGCGGAGUCCACCAUGUCAUGGACAAUCACCUGCGCCAUCAUACAAGAGAGUAGCCUCAACCAUGUCGUGGUAUACUGAAACCUGUGAAGGAAGGGCAGGAACUCUACAUUUAAUGUCUUUGACUCCUGGGGCAACCUGGUCCAGAGUGUUUUCCUGGUGCCAUGUAGACCAGAAAAGAGUCCGAUUACCUUGAGCUGGAGUUAGAGGUGGUCCUGAGCCACCAUGUGCAUGCUGGGAAACAAACCCAGGCCCUUUGGAGGAACAUCAAGUGCUGGUAACUACUGAGCCAUGCAAUGGCUGUUUGUCAUUUUUCAGAGCAAGAAUGUAUACAUUCAAGAAAUUAAUAGUGAUCUCCUGAAUCACUGAAUUGCAGGAUGCGGUGACCUAUGAGGAUGUGCAUGUGAACUUCACUCCUGAAGAGUGGGCUUUGCUGGAUCCUUCCCAGAAGAGUCUCUACAAAAAUGUGAUGCUGGAAACCUAUUGGAACCUCAUUUCUAUAGGGUUCAAAUGGGAAGACGAUAAUAUUGAAGAACAUUGUCAGAGCUCUAGAAGAAAUGGAAGGUAUGCCAUCUGUCACUCUGGAUACAAGGCAUGUGAGCAUAAGGGACAUGCAAAGAAGCGUUGUACUUCUGUCUUUCGCAGAAAAGCUGGAAGAUGCGUAGUAGUCCCAUCUAUGAGAAGACAUGAUGACUGUGAUACAAGUUUACAAUUAAUUGGUUUUUCAACUUCAGGGGGAAUUCAUCAACAAACUCACACUGGAGAAAAACCUUAUGAGUACGAGGAAUAUGGAAAUUCAUCUCUCUGUACUGGUUCACUGUGCACCUGUAGUGUGGCUCACAGUAUAAGAAAAUGUUGUGGAUGCAAUCAGUGUGGUAAAAUUCUCAGUUCUUCAAGUUCUCUUCAAAGAUGUGAAAAAACUCAUGUGGGAAGAGAAUAUAAUAAAUGUGAGUCAUCUACUAAAGGCUUUAGCCAUUACAGGCAUCUCCAAACACAUCAAACACUCAAUAAUGAAGAGGAUCUCAGUGAAUAUUAUCAACAUGAUAAAACCUUUAGUUCUGAUUCCUCUUUAAAAGUACACCAAAGAACUCAUUUGGAAUCUAAUCAAAGUUAUAAAGCCUCUGAAUGUCACAGUCUUCAUCAAGUACAUAGAAUUCAAGCUAAAGAGAAAAAGUAUGGAUACUCUAAAUGUGAUAAAUCCUUUGAAUGUCCCACUAAUCUUCAAAUACAUAAUAGAAGUCAUACUGGAGAGAAAUCUUAUGAAUGUAAUCAAUGUGGCAAAGCCUUUGCAUAUAACAGUCAUCUUCUCACUCAUCUAAGAAGUCAUACUGGAGAGAAACCCUAUGAAUGUAAUCACUGUGGUAAAGCCUUUGCACGGAAGAAGAAUCUUCUCUGUCAUGAAAGAAGUCAUACUGGAGAGAAACCCUAUAAAUGUAAUCAGUGUGGUAAAGCCUUUGCAGAGAAGUAUAUGCUUCUCAGUCAUGAAAGAAUUCAUACUGGAGAGAAACCCUAUAAAUGUAGUCAAUGUGAUAAAGCCUUUUCAAGGAAGAGUAAUCUUCUCAACCAUGAAAGAAUUCAUGCUGGAGAGAAACCCUUUGAAUGUAAUCACUGUGGUAAAGCCUUUGCACAGAAGAGUAAUCUUCUCAUUCAUGAAAGAAUUCAUACUGGAGAGAGACCCUAUGAAUGUAAUCUAUGUGAUAGAGCCUAUGUAUCGAAGAGUAGUCUUCACAGUCAUGCAAGAAGUCAUAAUGGAGAGAGACCCUAUGAAUGUAAGCAAUGUGGUAAAACUUUUGUACAGAAGAAUAGUCUUCAAAUUCAUGAAAGAAUUCAUACUGGAGAGAAACCCUAUGAAUGUAAUCAAUGUGGUAAAGCCUUUGGAGUGAAGAGUAGUCUUCAAAUUCAUGAAAGAAUUCAUACUGGAGAGAAACCCUAUGAAUGUAAUCAAUGUGGUAAAGCCUUUGUCCAGAAAAGUACUCUUCACAGUCAUGAAAUAAUUCAUACUGAUAAGAAACCCUAUGAAUGCAAUGAAUGUGGUAAAACCUUUGCAGAGAAGAAGAAUCUUCUUGGUCAUGAAAGAAACCAUACUGGAGAGAAACCUUAUGAGUGCAAUCAAUGUGGUAAAGCCUUUGCACUGAAGAAAUAUCUUCUCAGCCAUGAAAGAAUUCAUAGUGGAGAGAAACCCUAUGAAUGUAAUCAAUGUGGUAAAGCAUUUGCAACAAAGGGUUAUCUUCUUAAUCACAAAAGAAUUCAUACUAAAUAGUACCAUAUGGAUGUAAUCAAUAUGGUAAUUUAAGAUGUGAGCUGCCAUGUGAGUGCUAGAAACUGAACUGUGUUUUCUACAAGAGGUACUUGCUGGAGUCCAAUUCCAUAGAGGUUCAGGUCCCAAAGAGGUAAUCAGUUGUCACCAAAAGAAGGAGACUGCCAUGAUCUGAGCAUGAGUCAGCAUAGCUGCUGCUUUAUUGAAAAAGGAAUACAGCUUUUCUAUGCUAUAACUGAAUAUUAGUUUAGACUCAAGCAAGAUUAUAAGCAGACUUAAUGAUUCCAGGAUAAAAGCAGGCAUCAACCUUAUCACAGCAUUUUUCCUGAGACAAAAAGUGAUAGUUUCACCAAAUAUCUAAAGACCUUUCUGGAUGUGAGCCCAUUGUUUCCUUUCAUAGUGUGCGCUUAUCCCUGGGACCAGGUGUAUCCAGUUACUGCAUCUUUAAGUUCUCUAUUCUUGGUGUAAUCGGGAACAAAAUGGGCAUUCUUGUGUGAGAGUAGGCAUAUUUAUCAUGCUAUGUGAUUCCAUGGUGAUGGAGAUUUUUCAAUAAUUUUUUUUUGAAGAGACUGCCUAUGUAUACAUUCACAUCCUCUACUGAAGCCUGCAAAAAAAUAUUUCCCUUAGGCAAAAUGCAUAAGGAGACUUCAUAAUAUAUAAUGGGAAUUAUUAAAUAAUUUAUUAAAUAAAUUAUUAAAUAAAGGUAAAGGUACUGGUGAAUUAAAAGAUCUGCAAUGUCAAUAUGCUCGUACUUGGCCAAACAGCAAUGGUCACCGUGCAGUCCACGCCAGGUACUAAACUGCUAAACCAUCUCUCGGCCCUUUAUAUUUCUUUUUAGAUUCAGUUUAUUCUUGUCUUUGUGAGUGCACAUGCAUAGUGUAGUUUGAAAUCAGAUAACAGCCUAUGGUACUCAGUCCUUCCUUUCUACCAUUUGGAUCCUAAGGACCAAACCAGGUCCAUCAAUAUUGGCUGCAAGCACAUUUACCUGAGGAAGCAUGCCAUGAUUUCUACUGAGCCCUGAUAUUUUUUUGCUAAUCAUUUUUUGUGGGUUUUUUUUUUUUUUGUUUGUUUGUUUGUUUUAAGAACAGUUUUGUGGCAUCAUUCCCUCUGGGCUAUACCUGACCUGACUCCAGAUAGUUGGCAUAUACCUCUAAUCCAUCUUUUGUUUCUUGGUUACCUUUUGUUUUUCUUGUUGCCCUCUAUGUGAAUCUUGUCUGAGAGUCUCCCAAGGGUACAAGCCUAUGGAAAAACUUAGUUCAGGAAAGCCAGAAAACUGAUGAAUCGAGGCAUUUCCACUUGGCUUUGUAUUGUGAGCUUCUUUCAGGUUGUUGAACAUAUGGAAAUCAACUGGCUAAAGUGUAAGUAUUGAGAAAAUAAAAAUGCCCUGAGUGAAGGGAAAGUGCUUCAGUCAUGAAAGGCUGGAUCCCCCUGCAUCUGUGAAAGGUAGAUUAAUUCUUAAGUGUCUCUGAGUUUUCCUUCAGUGGUCCAAUCCCAGGUGUACCCACACACCCUCACCUUGACAAUUGGUGUCCAACAUGACAUUGACCCCUGUUGUGUGGCUUGAAGAAGGACAAAUGAUCUGCUGAAGAAGGACAGAGGAGCUGACCAUCUUAACAGGAAGCGCCCUCAGGGUAAGGGGACUCGAAGAUCUGCAGGUCAUGGGGAAUUUAAACUCCCCAUCUCAGGAGCAACAAAAUGUAUAUUUGAUAAAAGGCUUAUCAAAAGAAAAAGUGGUAACUAUACAAUUUUUAAAGCUAGAAAUAGAAUGGUUCCUGAGACAGGAAGUAAAUCAGAGAAAAAGACCUUUAUCAAUAGAGAAAAGGGAAAGAAAGAAAAAAGAAAAUCCUUCCCAAUAGAGAAGAGGAAAGGAAAGGAAAUAAAAGGAAAGUUCGCAAUAGAAAAGGGUGAAAUGGUUAAUCAAGAGAAAAGAAAAUUUACAUUUUCCCUGUAAAAAGAUGAAAAAUAUUGAAACUAGGCCUAAAGAUUAAAAGGCCCCAUAAAACAAAAAUAAAGAAAAAAGCCUCUUCCCAGUAGAAAGAGAGGAAGAAAUAGCUCUUUCCAAUAUAAGAAAUUGAGGAUAGCUAAAACUCUGAGCUCUUUCUGCCUGUCAGCUCUUUCACAGAUCUGCCUGCCAGCACAGAGUGGUAGCAUCCGAAUUACAAAAAAUCAACAGAUGAGGCUUCACUGCUGCAGCCUGAACAAGCACAGCAAGCCCAGAGCUUAGAAUUGUGUUGUCUGUUUGCUUAACUUUGGUUUAUAUGUUGUUGUUUUUUUUUUUUCUCUCAGACCAGGAAUAAUUCACUAUUAAAGAUCUGUUCAUGGAAAACGUUUUCUGUUUUUCCUUAAUGGUGGGAAUAACUCAUUAUUAGUAGUCCCUUCAUGGGAGAAAGAGGAAGUUUAAACGGGCCCAACUUCUGGUGAGAACAGUUGUGGUCAGGACAUGGAAUGCUAAGUUGAUGGUGUUUGAAUUCCCAGAGAUAUUAAUCAUUCAGUGUAUAGAGGAUGUUCUCUUCUUUUGAUUAUCUAAUAAGUGUUUGGAUGAAUGUUUGAUUUUCAUGGUAGAUAAACUAAAAGAACAGGAUUCGUAAUUUUAAGCUAUAUAUUGGAUAUGCACUUGUCUGUUUAUCAUUACUGAGAGUUUGGCUCUUUAAGUUUCUUUCUAGAAAUUCUUGGUUAAAUUCUUUAAAAUAUUAAAACCUCAAACAGAUUGAGUUGUUAGCUUAUUUAAUAAUGUGGUUGUUAGGAUAAAAACUCAUAGAAAAUAAUCUCUUACUGAUAAAAAGUUUUUAAAAUUAUUUAUCCACUAAACAAAAUACAGGUAAAUUGUUUGAUCCACACUGUUAAUUAUUGGCAAGUUGCAUUAAUGUGUUACUUGGGAUCUAUAAAAAAAGGAUCAGUCUUUUUAAGAUUUUAUAAAAGUACUCCAGACUAUUGCCUAAAAUUACCUCUUAAAAUUCUAUAGAGAUUGUCUUUAAUGCUAUUAUAUAUAGCUUGUGUAAAAAAAAAAAAGACUAUGCAGACAAAGACUGGUGAUAGAAUUGGUCAAUUAUUAUUGCUUCCAUAUCUUAAAGGCAAAGUGGCAACUAUAUGUAGAACUGGAGGCUUUGGAAGUACUGGAAAAAAAGGUGUGUUGGCAAACAGUCAUCAAUGAUAAAAGGCCUAAAUUAAAAGUAAAAUUAAAUGGGAUUGAAAUUGAAGGAUUAUUGGAUUCUGAUACUGAUGUGUCUGUAAUUUCAAAAGAAUCCUGGGAUCUCAACUGUCCUUUACAAGAAAUCUCCACUCAAUUUGUAGGCAUUACAACCUUAUAUCAAGUAAAAAAGAGUGUAGAGUGGAUUAAAUGUGUAGGGCCUGAAGGACAAGUUGAAAUGUUAAAGCUUUAUGUGGCUGAUAUAGCCAUGAAUUUGUUACAACAAUGGGAAGCUCAAAUUAAUAUUCCUACACUGAAGUAGCUUUUAAAAUGAUGUUUAAAAUCAGGAUAUAUUCCUGGAAAGAGUAUUGGGAAGAAUUAUAAGUGAAAGUCACAGGCUAAGGAAUUCAUAAACUGUCCUGCUUGUUCUUUUUACAAGUUCCUUUACCUGCAAAAACUCAUCCUAAAGGUACACAAAGGAAUGGAAUUUGGCAAAUGGAUGUAUUCCAUGUAGUAGAUUUUUGAAAAUUAAAAUAUGUUCAUGAUAUCCUUGACACUUUUUCUGGGUUCCAGUGGGCAUCUCCCUUAAGUUCUGAAAAGGCAGAUUCUAUAAUUACACAUUACAUACAUACAUACACAAACAUACAGCACAAAUUAAGACUGAUAAUGCCCCAGCUUAUUUUUCCAGUAAUAUAAAACUUUUUUUUGCAUGUUACAACAUAAACCAUGUUACUAGGAUACCAUAUAGGACAAGCAAUUGUUGAAAGAUCUAAUCACACUAUAAAAUAGAUGCUAAACAGAAGGGGAAUAUGAGGACCAUCAGGCAUAAUGCCUUACUAACUUUAAAUGUUUUUAAAUGCUAAUGAAACAGGAACAACAGUGAGUUAUGAAAAGAAUUGCUGAAUCAAGUAGGCCCAUGUAUUAUAAAUGUUUUAACAUCAAAAUAGUUCAGGGAAUGUGAAGGCAAUAUGAAGGCCUAGACUUGACUAUACAGACUCCAUCUUAGGGAAGGACCACCAUCUUAGACCACCUGGUUAUUGGAGGCUGUACUCAGUUCCAGGAAGAUUCUCAGGAAUGUGCCAUGACUGCUUGAACAGAAAUCCUAGAAGCAUCCAAUUAAGAAAUUGGUCAGUAAAGUUUAAAAGAUCAAGAUAGUCCUGCAGAUAUCCUAUCUGCAGUUUAUGGCCCUUACAGAUAUCCAGAUAAUCCUGUCAACAGAUUGUGGUUCCACGCCAAAAGUUUAACCCAAUAGUUUCAAAUGUGGUUUGUUGUUGAAUGUCUAGACCAAUAGUUUCAAAAAAUCGCCUUGCCCUAUAUCCCUUUUACCCAAUCUCAAAACGCCAAGGCAUGUAAUUCCCAGCUUGUGGAUUUUUCCUUUAAAAACCCUCCUACCCCUGAGCCCCUGGCUGCUGCCUCCAUCUGCUGAGUCAGAGCAUAGAGUAAUGGUCUGUGUUUGAACCUGAAAAUAAAAAGACCCAUGUGUGCUUGCAUCAGAAA